AUGGUCUCUAAAACUAUUUGCAAUAUCCUAAAAGGCCUUCUGGUUCUUGUAGUUGUUGCCUCGUUAAUAGGCAACUGUGUCCUGAUAUGGCUCAAUACCCAACGCACUCCAACGUGCCCUGCUCAACAGGUUAAUCCUGUAAAACAUGCACCACAUGAUGAUCGCAGCGUCGUCUUUGCAGACCUUUCAGUGGAAGAGUUUCUACAGGUGCGCGACUACAUGACCAAGAUCCCAGGGAUGAACAUCUCAAUUGAACCAGCUUUACCUCCUUUCGUCGACUACCUGUAUAUGAUUGAUCUCUCCCUGCCAAAAAAAAAGGAUGUCUUGCGCCAUCUGGAUACCAACGGACCUAAGCCAACAAGAGAGGCAACUGCAGUGGUUUUUCAUGGCACUAAGAACAACGUAAAGGAAUAUGUAGUGGGUCCUCUCCCCAACCCGUCCUACCACCGUGAUGUCACCCUUGAGAGAUAUAAAAGAGAGAUCCCUUUGACUGCACGUCCAAUACAUUUUGGUGAACACAUUGGUAGAGAAAUUUUUCUGAAAGGUGUACUUAAACCAAUCAGUAUGCUGCUGAGUGAAAGUUUUGGUAUAGACGCAGCCUCAAGUCCUGCUUUUUACGAAAGCAUGCCCAGAGGAGUGAAGUCAGGGGACAGACAGACCUGGCUUGUGCUCUGUCGAAAGGUGGAAGGCUUCUUUAUCCACCCUGUGGCGUUCGAGAUCUUCUUCGACCACAGAAGCACCAAUUUUUUGUCCUGGCGCGUGAUUAAAGUGCUUUAUAAUGGUCAGUACUUUGACAGUAUAAUGGAACUGAAGCAGCAAUAUGAGGCAGGUACUGUGGAUAAAGUUGUCUACAAACCUGUGCCGAAUUACGCCUCACUCAAACCCAAACAGAAACCCACGGGUGUUGGACCCCAACAGUUUUAUGUCCAUGGUAAGCGAUACAGUGUGAAGAAUAACCACAUCGUAUAUCUUGACUGGAGUUUUGCCUUUGGUCUGAGCCCACUUACAGGCAUGAGAGUUUUUGAUGUUCGUUUCAGAGGGGAGAGGAUCAUCUAUGAGCUAAGCGUUCAAGAAGCCAUGUCAGUCUACGGGUCUGUCACCCCAAAUAUGAUGCUCACCAAGUUCCUUGAUGGAAGCAUGGGCAUUGGUCGGUGUGCUUAUGAGUUGGUCAGGGGGGUCGACUGCCCUUAUUCAGCUACAUACAUAGACACGUUCCAUUUCAUGGACACUGGUGUUCCACGCCGACUCAGAAACUCAAUUUGUGUCUUUGAGCACAACACAGGUUCUCCUCUGCGGAGGCACUUCUCAGAGAUAUUCUACAACAGUUAUGGAGGACUAGCAAACAGUGCCUUAGUGUUCAGGACCAUCACAGCCAUAGGAAACUAUGACUACAUGUGGGAUUUCAUUUUCUACCAGAGUGGGUCAGUGGAGGCCAAGGUGCACGCCACUGGCUACAUUGGCUCAUCUUCUACGUCAAAUAACAGUUUUACAUUCGGUCACCAAGUGGCUGAAAAUGUCACCGGAAAUAUCCACACCCAUUUUGUCAACUUCAAAGUGGAUCUUGAUGUUUUAGGAGUGAAGAAUGUUUUCCAAACCAAAGACAUGGAGUUUGUGAAUGUCUCACUGCCCUGGAUGCCUGAACGCCACGCCAUGAUUCCUAAGGUGGUGGAGAAACAGCUUCAAACAGAGCAGGAAGCAGCUCUGCGUCAUGAUGCCAAGACUCCUCGCUAUCUCCACAUCGCCAGCGAUAAGACCAACCGCUGGGGUCACCAGCGCUCCUACAGGCUGCAGGUGUUCAGCUUUGCUGGAGACCACCUCCCAGAGAGCGAGCCAGAGGAGAGGGCCAUGUCCUGGGCCAGGUAUAAGGUCGCCAUCACUAAGCAGAAGGACUUGGAGCACAGCUGUGGCAGUCUGUACAAUCAGCAUGACAUCUGGACACCACCUGUUGACUUUAGCAAGUACAUUGAAGACAACGAAAACAUUGAAAACCAGGACCUGGUUGCCUGGGUGACUGCCGGCUUCCUCCACAUACCCCACGCCGAGGACAUCCCCAAUACGGUAACCGUGGGCAACGGGGGUGGGGUCCUGCUGCGGCCACACAACUACUUUGAUGAGGACCCAUCCAUCCACUCUGCUGAUGGGGUGUACAUCGACCCGGGCAACGAGGCCAGCUGUGACAACAACAGGAUGGCCUGCCUCGCUAAAGAGACCUGCAGCCCUGUCUUUGAACCCUUCACCUACAACGGCUUCCACUUCGAUGGAGUAACAAGACAGAGGACUUAA